CUAAAAAGCAAUUCAACAAGGAUGAAGCUAUUCGGGAAUACAAGCGACUGAUCGGAAAACUGCCCUUGGCGAAUCAAUACCUAUUAUUAUACGUCCUGGAUCUUCUCACCGUUUUUGCGAGAAAAUCGGACAUCAAUAAGAUGACCGCGGGCAACCUCGCCGUCAUAUUUCGACCGGCAGUACUGAAUCACCCGGGACACGAAAUGUCACCAGAGCAUCACAAACUGAGUCAAGAAGUGCUCGAAUUCCUGAUCGAGCACCAGGACUGGUUCAUGCUCGACAUUCCGCCGCCACCAAGACAAGAUUCUAUUCUCAACACCAAUGCCACCAACCAAACCAGCGCACAUCGGUCAAAAAAGCCGUUUGGUCUGAUCACGAACCGUGGGCCAAUGUCUACAAAGGCGGAGCCUGCGCCAGUGAUGAUGAUGGCGACGACGACAAACGAGCCAGACGACCUGAACGUGUACGUCGGUCCAGCCUCUGAUGAAGAAGAUGACGGUGGAUGGCGUUUGGCAGGUUCGACGAACGGGACGGCGACGUUGGGACGACGACGCACCUUUUCGGAGAGGGGAUCGCCACGGAUGAUGACGGCGGACGAACAAGGCCGUAUGGGAGGUGAUGGAAGGAAGAGUGUGGAGAAUAUCUCCCAAUCUGCACCGAGUACCUCAUCCGCCUUUAAACAAGCCACCAAACAGCUAACUCCUGUUAGAGAGGGCAGCUCCGGCGAUAUUGACGCCAUGAUGGUGACGGGGGGAAGUGUGGAGGUGCCGAGUGCGGAAAGUUCGAGCAAUGAGAGACGCGCCAAGUUUGACGACACAAGAUUAGCAAAGGACGACGCGAUACGGGGGGAUGAUCGGGAGAAACGAGGACGAGCGAGUUCAAAGGGGACGGGCCUGUUUGGGAGCGUGAGGAGGAGUCGGACGGUGGAGGGUACCAGUAAUAUGGGGACGAGUGCUGUGGCGGCGGCUGCGGGAGGAACAGGGCCUCAGCGGCAUGUACUAAAGAAGAGGAACUCGAGAGGGGAGGUCGAGCGGUGA